AUGAGGCCUAAAAAUACAUUCCCCGGACUUCAGAGGGGGAGAGGGGCGGAGGUGGGGGCGAAGAGGGGAGUGGAAAAAGGGGCAAAAGCGCACGUGAAAGCUUCAGAAAGACCGUCCAUGUCACUCCUGGAUGCGUCGGUGCGCGGCGCAGGCGGCGCGGAACGGCGAUAUGCGGCUCGCCCCGGGUGCGAGAGGGACAGAGCACUCGCCGGGCCGAUCGUUGACUCCGUCCAAGGCCACGGGCGUGUAACCUUUUUUGUCAUCGUAACUGAUGACCUUGAACACUUUCUUUUGAGGUCACAGGACGCGGCCGAAGUUGUUUCG